GUUUUCAAGUUUCUAGGAUCUACACUAACUGAAUGUCACGCGGCAACGCCAGAAGAGGUCCAUAGAGCCGUUGAUACAGCACAGAAAGCUUUCCCAGUGUGGUCCAAAGUGGGAUGGCUUGAGAGAGGUAUAGUGCUAAGGAAAGUCGCUAAGCUGUUGUGGAAGCACUGUGAAGAAAUCGCUAGGUGGGAAUGUAUUGGUAGCGGAAAGCCGAUAACUGAAGCACGGCUGGAUGUGCUCAGUUGUGUGGACACGUUCAAUUUUUACGGAGGAGUCGGUCAUUCGCUAGCCGGCCAGCACAUUCCGUUGGGGCAGGACCGUUUCGCCUACACAAAAAGGGAACCUCUAGGUGUUGUUGGGUGCAUUGGUACAUGGAACUACCCGAUACAGACAUGCUCAUGGAAGGUGGCACCAGCUUUGGCAUGUGGUAACGCCGUCGUUUACAAGCCGAGUCCACUAGCUCCGAUCUCUGCUGUGAUAUUAGCUCAAGUAUUGCAGAUGGCUGGUUUGACAGAAGGUGCUUUCAAUGUAAUACAGGGUGAUGUCGAAACAGGCAAAGCUCUAAUUUUACAUCCACAAGUGAAGAAGAUCUCAUUUACGGGAGCUGUCCCGACGGGUAAGAAAAUCAUGCAGGUGCUGGUUCACCGCUCGUUAGAAGCAGAUUUCGUCGCGUCGUUACGAGAGAAGACAGAAGCGAUGCGGGUUGGCGACCCUCUUGAAGACACGCGUGCGGUGGCUGCCGGUGCCCGUGUCAUCUGUGGAGGCGAGCCAGUGCAAGUUCCUGGCCUCGAAGGAGGUUUCUAUCUCUCGCCAUGCAUUCUCUCCGACAUCCGCAAAGAUAUGGAAGUCUACCGUGAAGAAAUAUUUGGCUCGGUGCUUCUUGUGAUUCCAUUUGAUACCGAAGAUGAGGCGAUUGAGAUAGCAAAUGAUACGACGUUAGGCCUUGCCGCGGGGCUUUUUACCAAAGACUUGGCCCGAGCUCACCGUGUUGCUGAUCGCCUUCAUGCUGGAAACGUCUAUGUAAAUACCUACAAUGAUGUU